AGAAGAUCCAACACAACAUCUCAGCCGAUGAUGACGCCUCUCACAGGCAGGCUCCCGUCCGCAAAAGACGUCAGCAAGCUGCCGAUUUUCACAACUCGCGGAUCGACGAGAGAGAAGAAAUGAGGCGAGGCGGACGCAGACACCCCGUGCAGCAUCGAGGGGCGACUGAGGUCCCUCAUUGUGCAUUCUCCGCCUCACCUCGAUGAGUUGACUGGUUAAGAAUCCUCCCGUCUGUCCCUUCCUGAGGUAGGCCACGCAGAGAGAAGGCCGAUUCGGCGCCGCACUCGUGUGUUGUGUUGUGUGUGUGUUUGCGCGUCAGGGAGGGACUGUGACCAUUGAUCUCAAGCGGCCUCAAGAGAAGGCCUUGAUUGGAGUUCUCAUCGCAGACAGAUCAAUCAGAUCUGCAGCAAUGGAGGACGAUAGACAGGUGGGGCGCAUCGCGGCACCGCUUGCAAUGGAUGGCGCAUGACACCAGACGGAUGUUGGCUGUGGGUGUUGGGUGAUCUGUUCAGCUUAAGCGAUCUCGUCAUCACAGUGGCACCCCGCCGGCAGUGUCAUCAUCGCCUGCUGCUGCGGCUGCUGCUGCUGGCGAGAGUAGUGGUGCGAGUGAGAUGGAGCGCGUCCUUUGGCAGCAAAUCACUGACGAGGCAAGCCGAUGCGCACAUACAGAACAUACGUCUUUCGACAGACAAAUCGGAACCCUCCCUGUCUGUUUGUGCUGUGGGUGGUUGCAGCCUGGCCUUCCUGUCACCAUUGUGGCCUUCCUGCCCCUCUACCUGUUGGUGCAGGUGUCCCAGCACAUCUACCGGCAGGCGUCUCGCCAGCAGCACCACCUCACCAUCAGCUGCGGCACCCGAGAGGAGCGGUCGGUUUGGCAGCGCAUCCCCGUCCCUCUCGUCACCCAGCUGGGGGCGCUGCUCACCAGCCUCACGUCAAUCACCCUCCGGCACCCCAUGGCCACCGCUCGGUGGUGUUUGGACGUGCUGGUGGCCAUGGUAGAGGGGCAGCAGGGCGGGACCCUGCAGACCAUCACCAUCGAAGGUGGGGUUCGGCUGACCGGCGCGGAGAUGCAGACCGUCGCAAGGACUCAUCCAGCCCUCCCCGCUCCUCUCGACCCGCCCCCCACCCUCCGCGCACUCACCACCCUCAAGGGCCUGACGGGCGACCAUCAGGGGCUGAUCGAGGGCCGCUGGCUGAUGCCCUCCCUCGCCAUAGUGCAGCAAGGGGGGGAGCGCCCCGACAGUCUGGGCCGACUCAUUAGCUCGUCCCGCUUGCUGCGGCGUGUGGACGGCAGCUUUGACGGUGAGGAGUGGGCGGUUGUGUUUGAGCGCAUCCCUGCGGCACCUGCUGGGCAGCAGGGAGGGACACUUGCACAGCUAGAGCGCACCGGCACCAUCGUGGUGCAAGGUGACAAUUCGGCGGGCGUCGACCGGCUUCAGGUGACAACAAAGAAGGCACAUGGGCAGCAGGCGUGUGUGGGGUGAGUCAUGAUCUGUGUCCCUUCUUGGUUGCCUGCAGGAAGUGCUCGUGUGGCGUGGCUGCCGAGGGGUGCUGAAGCAGCUGCACGUGCGCUUCCGUGGCGGAUACCGCAUCGGCCGCCCCACGCUGCCCGUGCUGCUGUCCCUGAGCCGACUGGUCGGCAGGUGCUGCCAGCCAGGCGCCCAACUCAUACUCACCACCACCGGCCCUUCCGAGUUCGACCUCUCUGCUUUGUACGCCGACGACCUCCCCACCCACCCCUCAUCCCCAUUCAAGAGCAUGCUCCAGCAGCUGGCACAGCAGGUCUCGUGUGUCAAGUACGUCUUCACGCAGCAGAGCCUCACCGACCCGCACGCCAGCCCCAGCCAAGCGGCCGUCGACAUGGCAUCCAGCCUCUCAUUCGACAAGGCCAAUAAGGUGGUCGUCGAGAACGCGCCUGACUUCAACCCCCCGGCCAACGCCCCAUCGCCGCACCCCACCAUCGUCACCCACUUGCAGCCCUUGCACGCCGUAGCGCUGCAUGUCCGCAGCAAGCUGGGUGGCUGUGCGGCCCGGCUGUUUGGCGCCAAGAUGCCCAAGAAGGUGCGGUGGGUGGACAUCGACAUUCGGUUGGGCAGACAGGAGCAGGUGGGCGUGUUGACGGCGCUGGGGAGGGAGAGGGAGGUGGGGACGGUGGGGGACGUCGACAUCGACCAGCUCCAGCUGGUGGGGGCGGCCAACAGUUUGCCGACCAUCAAGGAACUAUAUGCCACCACGAGACGUAGGCAAGCCGGGAGGGAGGAAAGGGCACUGUGUCCUUCCAUCCAUUCUCAGUCCUGCCUGCCUGCCUGCCUGGCUGCCUUGUGUGUGUGCCCUCCUCUUCAGUGCCCGAUGGUGUGCAGGAUGCGGGCAGCUUCGUCCGCACCGUCCUCUCAUCGCUGAUCUCCCACGUCAGGGGCCUGCGGUCUGUGGGCCUGACGGUUCUCAAGACCACAAGCGCGCAGCAUGCUGCCAUCAGGACCUCCCUCGUCGGCACCGACAUCGACGGCUUCAGCAUCACUCACGUCCGCUAUGACCGCUUGAUGCGGUCAACGACCAUGACUGCUGUGCGCAACGCGUGAAGGUGUGCGAGGGAAUGGCACUCACAGUGGAUAAGAAGGUGGUCUGAUUGGUGACCGUCUUCGUGUUCGCCCGCUCGGGGUGUGUGUGUGUGUGUGUGGUGUGUGUGUGUGUAUGUCAGGCUGGUGAUGUGUUGGCAGAUCUGUUGGCGGAUCUUUCUAAGCCAACGAUAUCCACAUGCUGCAUAGCAGAGCAUAGCGUAGCAUGGCUGCGUGGGACGCGUGUGUGUGUGUAUGUGUUUGUUGGUGACUGACUCAGCGGCUGCACAGACUGACGGGCGGGGCCUGCCUGAUGAAUGAAGUUUGGCAGAGAGGGA